AUGGCAGACCCAGCAGUGUCAGAGCUCAACGAGCUCUUCGGAGCCGGGGACAAGGGCUUGGGGCAGGACGUUGUCGUCGAGAUGCAGUCCAUCAUGAGGCUGCAUAACUUGGCACCUCAAGACCUCUUCUUCAAGUGGGAAUCAUAUUGCAUCAAAAUGGACAUAGAAGCGACACAGCCGUCUUAUGAGAAGAUGAGAAGCUUCAAGCAGGACCUACAGGAUGCUCUGGAGAAAAGCACCCGGACUCAGUCCCACGCCAGACCAGAUAAGCAUCGAGUCGGUGCUACUCCGAGGGGAGGUGCCAAGGGUGGAGAUGUAUUUGGCAUGAUCGACGGCCUGUUGCCAAACACCCCUGCGGCACGCAAGAGCGCCAUUAAGAAAAAGGAGACGCCAACGUCUCGCAUCAAGUCAGAACAUGCCGCGAGCUCACCGGAUCAAAGGACCACGGCCAACUUGAAAGACCAGCUGGAUUCCAUGGGGGCCAUGCCCCCUUCGUCCUUCAAUGACCGUUCGAAUCCGGGCGAGGUUCUGGAGGUUCUGAACAGCGAGCUCCCGGCUGCAGAGCCACCAAUUGCCCCCUUCGGAGAGUCUCGCGUCAAAUUGACCGCCGGAUCAGACCUAAAGAAGCUGGGUUACAAGCCACUGGGCAUGAAAUUAUCAGAAGCAUCCGAGAUUCUGGACGACCGGAUAGACGACUUUCUGAAUAUCGUAAUGGAUCACCACAAGCUGGACCCGUCUGCUUUCGGCAGUGCCGCAUCUCAAAGUACCACCGAGAUCGUAGCAGUCGGCCGGAUCGCUUCGGACUCUUCAGAAGGCAAGCUCAACGCCGCCUCCCUAGUUCUCGAGACCUCAAGGAGGACGGGUGGUGGCCUGCGGGUACCCUUGAGCAUGGAGAAGAUUCAGAAUUACCAAUUCUUCCCAGGCCAGAUUGUUGCCUUGCGAGGAAGCAAUGCAUCGGGGCACAAUUUCACCGUAAAGGAAAUCCUUGAAGUCCCUCUCCUGGGCAACGCGGCGUCGACACCGGCAGCCUUGCAAGCCCACCGCGACAAGCUCGUCGGUGGCCCCGACGCAAUGGAAAUGGACAGUGAACCUCUGCCCCUAAAUGUUCUAUACGCAUCCGGCCCAUAUACUGCAGAUGACAACCUGGACUUCGAGCCGCUUCACCAGCUUUGUACCGUGGCAGCCGACACAUACGCCGACGCUCUGGUUCUGACGGGUCCUUUCAUCGAUAUCGAUCACCCACUCAUCGCAUCAGGCGACUUCGACCUGCCGGAGGAGGCCAACAUCGAUCCAGACCUGGCGACCAUGGCCAGCGUGUUCAAAUACAUGAUAGCUCCCGUCCUCAACCGGCUCGUCGCCGCCAACCCCACAGUGACAGUCAUCCUCGUCCCUUCAACGCGAGACGUCAUCGACAAGCACGUCUCGUGGCCGCAGGACUCGUUCCCGAAGAAGGACCUCGGCCUCCACAAGACGGCCGUCAAGAUCGUGGGCAACCCCAUGACCCUCUCCAUCAACGAGAUGGUCCUCGGCGUGUCGUCACAGGACGUGCUGUGGGACCUCAGGGGCGAGGAGUGCACGAGCCGGCCGCCGCCCGUGCCGGACCUUCUGGCGAGGCUGUCGAGGUACCUGAUCGAGCAGCGCCACUACUUCCCCGUCUUCCCUCCCUCGGACCGGAGCAAGUACCCCAAGACGGGCGCCGAGGACGGGAGACCCGUGGGACCGAUGCUGGAUGUGAGCUACCUCAAGCUGGGCGAGAUGGUCGGUGUCAGGCCGGACGUGCUGGUCGUGCCGAGCGCGCUGCCGCCUUUUGCGAAGGUUGUUGAAAGUGUUCUUGUAAUCAAUCCCGGCUUCCUUUCCAAGCGCCGAGGCGCGGGCACGUAUGCUCGGAUGACCUUGUACCCGCCGUCGCUAUCGGAUAUUGAGGGGGCAGGCGGAAGCAUGUUGGGACACAAGAUCUUUGACAGAGCGAGGGUGGAAAUUACCAGGAUAUAG